UUUUGUUUUGGUAAUAUUUCUUUGUUUUUGGUAAAAAGUUGCAGAAUAGGUGGUAAACCUGGAUCAGUGGACUAACUAGAUCCGGACAUUUGAACUUAGCAAGCAUUAUCAUCGGAAAAUCAAGAUCGUAUCUUUUUCUUUCUCCUUGUCUUUUUCUUUUUCUUAGCACUCACACUUACUUAGCUUUAAUUUGUGUGUCUUUGUCUGGGCUCUGGGAUCCCAUCCCAUCCUACGUUUCUUUCUUUCUUUCUUUCUUUCUGUGUGUGUGUCUCACUGCAAUUUUACUUUCCUCUCCGAAAUCCGCAAUCCGCAAUCCAUCUAUCAAUUCUUGAUUAAUUUCCAUGUUUGAUCCGUAUAGAUCUAAGCCUAGCCGUCGCGGCAGGACCAACUUAGCUUCAUGUGUAGUCGCCACCGUUUUCUUGCUUUUUGUCGCCGCCAUCAUCGUCACAGUCUACUUCUUCGUCUUCAAGCCCAAGUCACCCAGAAUAGCAGUCGACGCCGUGCGAUUCCCCACCUUUUCCAUCUCCAACGGCACCGUCAACUUCACCUUCUUACAGUACGUCACCGUCACCAAUCCCAACCGCGACCAGUUCACUCACUAUGACAGCUCCCUACAGCUUAGCUAUUCCGGCCAGCCCGUCGGCGUCGUAUUAAUUCCCGCCGGAAAGAUUGACGCGGGCCGGACCCAGCACAUGUCCGCCAAGUUCAAUGUCCAGUCCUACCCCUUGCCGUCGGCGCUGAAGGCCGCUGGGAUUGUUUCCUCCUCACAGCUGGCGGCGGCGGCUAGCGGUGGAGGAAUGGGAAUGGGACCCACGAUGGUUAUAGAGACUAGGAUGAAGCUGGUGGGGAGGGUAAGAGUGCUGAAGGUGUUGACGCAUAGAGUGGUGAGCAAGGUGAGAUGCGGGGUGGUGAUUCAAGUCAGCAGUGGAUCUGUACUGGGCAUCCAUUGCUGAAUCCUGCAGCAGCAGCCUCAGCCUCAGCCUCGUCUCUGCUGCAUUAAUGUUUAUCCUUAAUGUACAAGUAAUUAAAUCCAGCAAACACAGGGAAUUAAUUACUUUGCGUUUCUCCUUCUAUAGAUAGAUACUAGAUAAUUGAUGUAAGAUUUACUGUAAGAUUGAAGAUCUGCAAAAUGCACAAGUGUGUUGUUUAUCA